UGCAAAACACUGGCUUCAUCGGUGGCUUUUACGCACCUUUUACAAUUAUAAAGCGACAUGGCUUCUGUGAAGCAGAAUAAACGCAGGCAAAAAGAAAUUCUCAAAGAAUGGAAGGGAGUAUCAUCGAACUAUUCAAAAAAUCUCAAAGUCUUGGAAGACGCUGUAGCUAAAGCUGGAAUCUACUUCAUGUUCCAGGGCGAGCAAGAGAGAGAUAGUCUACCAGGAGUACAGAAUGAUGAUAUAGUGUUAUGGCAACAACAUAUAUCACGUGGUCAGCAGCAAAUCAAUGGUUGUCUUAUCAAACUACGAGAGAUAACGAAAGAGCAUAAAGACAUCAAGAACUUCACAAAGGCAGGGAAAGUGUCAUUAAAGAGGAAGUCUCCAAGAAAACUGAUCAAGCUGGAAGAACUUUUCAAGCAUCUGCAAGAUUAUGCGGUUUUAGUUGACGGAUUGGCGCAGAAUAUUCCACCAACCGAAAAGCUCAUCGGUCUCGGCAACACACGUGUUGUUGGCGGAGAACUCGAAGAGCCGUCAGCAGAGAAGCUAAGAGAAGAGCUUGUCCUAUUGAAUUCUCGCUGGAAUAAACUUAAUGAGCGAAUACUGCGUUAUGUUGACAGGUGUGAGAAAUUAGUAGUGGAUAUUUCCAACAACUACAAAGCAUUGAAAGUAUGGAUGGUUAAGUCUGAUAACAUGCUGCAAUGGCUUGCUGAAUGUGAAAAACUACUUGACAAUGAAAGACAGAUUGCUAAUGAUCAACCAACUCUUGAGGAACAGCUACAAGACAACGAGGAGUUCAUGCACGAAGGGCGUGAAUAUCAGGCUUCAGCAAUCGAUGUCCUAACGUCGGGUGAGAAGAUUUUCAAUCAAAACCGUCUCGAUAAACACGAUCUUCAGUACGUGAAUAAAACUGUCAUUGCACUGAAAAACAGAUGGAACGCAAUCGAAGAACAUCUAGAGGACCGACAUAACAGAAUAAAAUCACGUCUCGAUGAGAUUAGAAAAGGUAAUACAACAAAAGAACUUGAUGAAAUUAAGGAGACCAAUACAACGGAAGAUCUUGAACCAUGGCGACAAAAAGCUGAAAAUCUUAGCAAGUCGCUGACUCAUUCCCAGGACAACUUGGACGAGAUCGACUCUCGACUUCAGAAUGACAACAAAUACGAAACACUAAAGCAAUGCACUAAAGACAUUCAGGGAAUCGAACAGCAUCUCUUGAACCAGAGUAGCGAGGAACUCACGGAAGUGUCUUCUGCUGGUGCAGCAUGGAAGACAAAGAAAACACUUUCACAAGACGAUGAUCAAGAAGUUCAAACAACAGUCAAUGUACUUCAUGAUAAGAUGUCGGGACUCGAAGAGAUUGUCAAGAAACAAAAAGAGAGACUUCAGCGAUCCACAGCAAACCUAAUGAACCAAUCUGUGUCAGACUGCGAGCAAAACCUGAACGAACUGGACAACAUGUCUCUGGAGAACUUUUCUGCUGUUGGAUCAGACGUUCAACAAGUACAAACACAAAUCAAAGACCUCCAAGUUUUCGAAGAAAGACUCGAAGAAGAAGAGAACAAAUUUCAACAGAUUACGAAACAGUUUAGUGAGGCCUGCGAUGAAAACAUGCUUGACGAAAACAACAAAACUAGGAUUAGCUACCAUUUGAAGGAAAUGGAAUGGAGAUACAAGGAACUGUGGAGGGAACACGAUGGCAGUAAACAAAGAAUAUUGAAGGGACUCCUUGUUUACAGCAAUGAGGUAAUAGAUGACGCUAAUGAUUGGCUUAACGAUGCAGAGUCACGUGCUGCUGUCGUCAGAAACACCAAUGGACUGGACACAAGUACGAAAAACUUGGAAAAAGUGCUUGCAAAACAAGAGCGUCUUACAAAAGAUACCAUCGACAAUGAGCAGAAAGUGAAAACUGCUGCAAUGCUUGGCAAAACGAUCUUAAAAGAUGAAGCUUUGACAGACCAGGACGUUCCUUUCAACGACGAAGACAUGGAUCUCAUGGAACAGCGGCUUCACAAUCUGAAACAAAGCAAUAUAGACAAUGAACAGAGGUUAAAAGAUGCAUUAAGUAAAAGUGCUCCUGAAGUAACCGCUGAAGUCAUCGAAGCCAGCGAGGUUGAAGAAGAGCUCGAAGCUUUUCCCGAUGAAGUUUUUUCUCAGCCUAAAGACGAAGGCUUUGACGAAGAGCAUAGCGUCUCACCUACAAACGAACUUGAGACUGAUCUAGCUUCAAAAGUGAGAGAAUUCAACAAAGAGGUGAAGGGUAUCAACGACUGGAUGACCGAGUCGUAUAAGAUGUGCGACGAUUUUUACAAGAGUAUGCACGAUAAAGACGCUUGGUUGCUGCAAGAAAAAGUAGAGGAAAGAUACGAUGAUCUAGACAAUAAGCAAAAACAAGUUGAUCAUAUCUACGAGGUCGGCAAAGAAAUUACUACUCAAUCGUCCGACGAAGACACAACCAAGAACAUCAACGAACAAAUGUUUGAAGUAAAUACCAACUGGAGAGACUGUCAUAGCAUGCUCUGUACUGCAUGUGAAGUGCAGGURCAGCGAACAUCGACAAGGGAUACGGAAUCAAGUGGCUGCUGCCUGAUCAAUGUCAUUAGAAAGAAAUUUGGGACUAUUUGUAUGUAUAAUUGAUAUCAACACAGGGAUCCCGAGCUGACUGAAUCAAAAACAUUUUAUUUAGUAAAAAAUGAAUAUAAAGACGAACUAUUUACAACAAGCAAGAAUACAUAAUACUGACACACAUAUAACAAAAACCACAAAUGUAUCUAAUAAACAUACACAAAGUUCAGAGAAUAUUUAACUUUUAACCCAUAAAUAGGCAAAUUAACCUUGCUAGCAAACCAAAAACAAAAAAUGAAACUAUAUAAUACCCCUGUCCCAUUAUGACCUCACAUCAUGUAUAUAUGGGGAAUAAAUGAUGCGAAAUAGGGUAAAUUACAUAUGCUGAUCAAUUUGUUUUGAAAUAAAUUACAUGGUAUUGAUUGCUGA